AUGACUCAUCGAUUAGCUCAAACAUUGAUCAUUCAACAAUUAAAUCAUGCAAAUGAAUUAGUCCAGGCUGCUUUAUUGGAGUUAAUUGUUACCAAGGAAAUCCGAAUGACCAAUGUACGCUACAAUACACCAAAACCCUAUUUUUUGAACAUUGUUAUUCUUCCUGAAUCUGGAUCCUCUCUUUUACGCAAUGAUGAAAUCAAAUCUCUGGCAGAACAAGCAAGUAAGGUUCAUAUCAACAUUGAUAUCACAAGAUACAUUCGGGAUAUUAUAGUGGGUAUUAGAACACAUCCUUUGGUAAGCGGUGGACUGACAGCAAGAACUUCUCAAGAUCUAGUUUCUGUGACAAGGUAA